GCCGCGCGCCCGGCCCGCGUCCGUGUGUUAAACGCUGACCUCGUUGACUGGCAGUCCUGGGACAUGGUGUAGGGGUGCUCGGCGAGCAUCCCCCCGAGACUACCUUGUGUUCUUAGGCGGGGGAAGGAAUCGCCAGAACCCCAUUGGGGUGGCUGGGGAGAAGAAGCUCGGCUGUGAUCGGUGCCACCAAAGGAGCCGUCGAACCAUGUGGACUUUUCUCGGCAUUGCCACGUUCACCUAUUUUUAUAAGAAAUGCGGCGAUUUCGUCACGCUGGCCAACAAGGAGCUCCUGUUGUGCGUGCUGGUGUUCCUGACCCUGGGCCUGGUGCUUUCCUAUCGCUACCGCCAUCGAAACGGGGGCCUCCUGGGGCUCCAGCUUAGCGGCUCCCAGUUUGCCAUCUUCGAUGUUCUUUCAGCUCUGCCCCUCGUUGGCUUCUUCUGGGCCAAGUCACCCCCUGGGGCAGAAAAGAAAGGGCAGCUGGAGUCCCGGAGGUGCAGAAAAGGAAUCAGUAUGUCAGAAACAACUUCACUAGGAGCAGCUACCUCCAUGGCAACAUCUCUAAAUGAUCCAGAAGUUAUCAUCGUGGGAUCUGGUGUACUCGGCUCUGCUUUGGCAGCAGUCCUUUCCAGAGAUGGAAGAAAGGUGACAGUAAUUGAGAGAGAUUUAAAAGAGCCCGACAGAAUUGUUGGUGAACUUCUGCAGCCAGGUGGUUAUGAAGCCCUUAAAGACCUUGGUCUUGGAGAUACAGUGGAUGGUUUUGAUGCCCAGGUGGUAAAUGGCUACAUAAUUCAUAAUCACGAAAGCAAAUCGGAAGUUCAGAUUCCUUUUCCUUUGUCAGAUGACAAGCAAGUGCUGAAUGGAAAAGCUUUCCAUCAUGGAAAAUUCAUCAUGAGUCUUCGGAAGGCAGCUAUGGCAGAGCCCAAUGCCAAGUUUAUUGAAGGUGUUGUGCUGCAGCUUCUGGAAGAAGAUGACACUGUGUUGGGCGUUCAAUACAAAGAUAAAGAGACUGGAGAGGUCAAGGAACUCCACGCUCCAUUGACUGUUGUUGCAGACGGACUUUUCUCCAAGUUCAGGAAGAACCUGGUCUCCAAUAAAGUUUUUGUUUCAUCUCAUUUCGUUGGCUUGCUUAUGAAGAAUGCACCACAGUUUAAAGCCAAUUAUGCUGAACUCGUUUUAGCUAAUCCAAGUCCAGUUCUCAUCUACCAGAUUUCAUCUGAUGAAACUCGAGUCCUUGUUGACAUUCGUGGGGAAAUGCCAAGGAAUUUAAGAGAAUACAUGGUUGAACAAAUUUACCCACAAAUGCCUGAUCAUCUGAAAGAAUCAUUUCUGGAAGCUACUCAGAAUUCCCGUAUGAGGUCCAUGCCAGCAAGCUUCCUUCCUCCUUCACCAGUGAACAAACGAGGUGUUCUUCUUUUGGGGGAUGCAUAUAAUUUGAGGCAUCCUCUUACUGGUGGAGGAAUGACUGUUGCUUUUAAAGAUAUAAAGCUAUGGAGAACGCUUCUAAAGGCUAUUCCUGAUCUUUAUGAUGAUGCUGCCAUUUUCCAGGCCAAAAAAUCAUUCUACUGGUCAAGAAAAAGUUCUCAUUCCUUUGUUGUGAAUGUCCUCGCCCAGGCUCUUUAUGAGUUGUUUUCUGCCACAGAUGAUUCCUUGCACCAACUAAGAAAAGCCUGUUUUCUUUAUUUCAAACUUGGUGGAGAAUGUGUUGCUGGACCUGUUGGGCUGCUUUCUGUAUUAUCUCCCAAACCUCUGGUUUUAAUUGGACACUUCUUUGCGGUUGCAGUCUACGCCACCUAUUUUUGCUUUAAAUCAGAACCUUGGAUUACAAAGCCUCGAGCCCUUUUCAGUAGUUGUAUGGUAAUGUACAAAGCGUGUGCUGUAAUAUUUCCCCUGAUUUACUCAGAAUUAAGGUACGUGGUUCAUCAGUCUUAAAGGGACCCGGACUGACCAGCUCCUAUGAGACUUGAAAGAGGAUGUCCCCCUCACAGUUCUGUACCACUUCACAAAUGGAAACUCUUGGACCAAGAUUGGGAUCACUUGUUUUUUGAAGUUUUUUGUGUAUAAGCAUGUAAAUAUAUGCCUUAAUUUACAAUUUAAAAUGAAGGGUAAAAUAAGCUAGAUAUUUAAAGGAAAUGAUUGUUACCAUAAAUUAGUGCUAACACUGAGGAACUGAAGUGUUUCUGAUUUCAGUAUUUCGGGUGAGUCCUUGGGACGUGCAAAUAAAACAGUGAACUCUUA